AUGGAUAUUUCGGCUGAUGAAUUGAACCUCCUCGUUCUGCGAUACUUACAAGAAUCUGGUCUGAAACGUUCGGCAUUUACGUUUGGUCAUGAAUUGAAAAUGUAUGGAAAGGAUAUCAAUAAAACCUUGGUUCCUCCAGGAGCUUUGAUUAAUAUCAUUCAAAAGGGUCUUUACUACACCGAAGCUGAAAUAUGCAUUGGAGAAGAUGGAUUAGAACAGCCUAUGACUGAGAGUUUGUCUUUAAUUGAUGCAGUUAAGCCGGACAUUGUAGCCAGUCGACAGAGCCACAAUAAAAAAAAACUAAGUGUGGUCAAGAAUGAUGCAUCAAAAACAAAUGGUGAUAAUGACACCGCAACAUCGACUCCAGCUGUUACUAGCACUGAAACAAUGAUACCAGUGCUAGACAACACAAUUGAAAUUCCUGCCGAAAAAUCUACUCUCCUUAUGGGUCAUAAAUCUCCAGUUUUUUGUUGUGCAUGGAAUCCAACUACUGAUGUGCUUGCUUCUGGAUCAAGUGAUGGUACAGCUUGGAUUUGGGAUAUUCCUAACAGUUCUGGUGUUCUUUCUGGACUUCUAUUGAGACCAAAUAUUCAAGGAGUAGAAAUUCCAGUACCCAAUGAAAUUUUAUCCAUUGGUUGGAAUUGUGAUGGAACAUUAUUAGCCUCCAGUUCAAUAGAUGGCGAUGCUCGAAUUUGGAUGAAAGAUGGCAGAAUAUCAAGGACUCUUCACGGACAUAAGGGUCCAAUAUUUUCUUUAAAAUGGAAUAAAAGAGGAAAUUAUGUACUCAGUGCUGGAGCUGAUGAA